AUGGGAAGACAUUACCUGUUGAUAACACAGACAAUUUUCAUGAUCAUGGGAGGUGUGAGAGAACUGCUGCUCUUUGUGGUGACUGUGGGGGUUGUGAAAGUUUCUUGUUACCCUGUUGGAAAGUCCCAGAAGCAAGAGCAAGUCUCUCUGCAGAGGAGACUUGGAGAGCUGUCAUCAAAUGACGUCUCCAUUGUGCAUGCCCUGGCCUUGCUCCGAUCCAUAGGGUCUGACGCUAAACAAGACAGAGAAGAGUAUUUCGAGACUAAUGAAGUAGAAUCCCAAGCUUCUCCAAACCAUGGUAGCUCUCUGGCAAAUGAUAACCUGUCCUCUGACGACGCUACCUCUGAAGCUGCCACUGGCCCGUCUGACGACGCUACCUCUGAAGCUGCCACUGGCCCGUCUGACGACGCUACCUCUGAAGCUGCCACUGGCCCGUCUGACGACGCUACCUCUGAAGCUGCCACUGGCCCGUCUGACGACGCUACCUCUGAAGCUGCCACUGGCCCGUCUGACGACGCUACCUCUGAAGCUGCCACUGGCCCGUCUGACGACGCUACCUCUGAAGCUGCCACUGGCCCGUCUGACGACGCUACCUCUGAAGCUGCCACUGGCCCGUCUGACGACGCUACCUCUGAAGCUGCCACUGGCCCGUCUGACGACGCUACCUCUGAAGCUGCCACUGGCCCGUCUGACGACGCUACCUCUGAAGCUGCCACUGGCCCGUCUGACGACGCUACCUCUGAAGCUGCCACUGGCCCGUCUGACGACGCUACCUCUGAAGCUGCCACUGGCCCGUCUGACGACGCUACCUCUGAAGCUGCCACUGGCCCGUCUGACGACGCUACCUCUGAAGCUGCCACUGGCCCGUCUGACGACGCUACCUCUGAAGCUGCCACUGGCCCGUCUGACGACGCUACCUCUGAAGCUGCCACUGGCCCGUCUGACGACGCUACCUCUGAAGCUGCCACUGGCCCGUCUGACGACGCUACCUCUGAAGCUGCCACUGGCCCGUCUGACGACGCUACCUCUGAAGCUGCCACUGGCCCGUCUGACGACGCUACCUCUGAAGCUGCCACUGGCCCGUCUGACGACGCUACCUCUGAAGCUGCCACUGGCCCGUCUGACGACGCUACCUCUGAAGCUGCCACUGGCCCGUCUGACGACGCUACCUCUGAAGCUGCCACUGGCCCGUCUGACGACGCUACCUCUGAAGCUGCCACUGGCCCGUCUGACGACGCUACCUCUGAAGCUGCCACUGGCCCGUCUGACGACGCUACCUCUGAAGCUGCCACUGGCCCGUCUGACGACGCUACCUCUGAAGCUGCCACUGGCCCGUCUGACGACGCUACCUCUGAAGCUGCCACUGGCCCGUCUGACGACGCUACCUCUGAAGCUGCCACUGGCCCGUCUGACGACGCUACCUCUGAAGCUGCCACUGGCCCGUCUGACGACGCUACCUCUGAAGCUGCCACUGGCCCGUCUGACGACGCUACCUCUGAAGCUGCCACUGGCCCGUCUGACGACGCUACCUCUGAAGCUGCCACUGGCCCGUCUGACGACGCUACCUCUGAAGCUGCCACUGGCCCGUCUGACGACGCUACCUCUGAAGCUGCCACUGGCCCGUCUGACGACGCUACCUCUGAAGCUGCCACUGGCCCGUCUGACGACGCUACCUCUGAAGCUGCCACUGGCCCGUCUGACGACGCUACCUCUGAAGCUGCCACUGGCCCGUCUGACGACGCUACCUCUGAAGCUGCCACUGGCCCGUCUGACGACUCUGAAGCUGCCACUGGCCCGUCUGACGACGCUACCUCUGAAGCUGCCACUGGCCCGUCUGACGACGCUACCUCUGAAGCUGCCACUGGCCCGUCUGACGACGCUACCUCUGAAGCUGCCACUGGCCCGUCUGACGACGCUACCUCUGAAGCUGCCACUGGCCCGUCUGACGACGCUACCUCUGAAGCUGCCACUGGCCCGUCUGACGACGCUACCUCUGAAGCUGCCACUGGCCCGUCUGACGACGCUACCUCUGAAGCUGCCACUGGCCCGUCUGACGACGCUACCUCUGAAGCUGCCACUGGCCCGUCUGACGACGCUACCUCUGAAGCUGCCACUGGCCCGUCUGACGACGCUACCUCUGAAGCUGCCACUGGCCCGUCUGACGACGCUACCUCUGAAGCUGCCACUGGCCCGUCUGACGACGCUACCUCUGAAGCUGCCACUGGCCCGUCUGACGACGCUACCUCUGAAGCUGCCACUGGCCCGUCUGACGACGCUACCUCUGAAGCUGCCACUGGCCCGUCUGACGACGCUACCUCUGAAGCUGCCACUGGCCCGUCUGACGACGCUACCUCUGAAGCUGCCACUGGCCCGUCUGACGACGCUACCUCUGAAGCUGCCACUGGCCCGUCUGACGACGCUACCUCUGAAGCUGCCACUGGCCCGUCUGACGACGCUACCUCUGAAGCUGCCACUGGCCCGUCUGACGACGCUACCUCUGAAGCUGCCACUGGCCCGUCUGACGACGCUACCUCUGAAGCUGCCACUGGCCCGUCUGACGACGCUACCUCUGAAGCUGCCACUGGCCCGUCUGACGACGCUACCUCUGAAGCUGCCACUGGCCCGUCUGACGACGCUACCUCUGAAGCUGCCACUGGCCCGUCUGACGACGCUACCUCUGAAGCUGCCACUGGCCCGUCUGACGACGCUACCUCUGAAGCUGCCACUGGCCCGUCUGACGACGCUACCUCUGAAGCUGCCACUGGCCCGUCUGACGACGCUACCUCUGAAGCUGCCACUGGCCCGUCUGACGACGCUACCUCUGAAGCUGCCACUGGCCCGUCUGACGACGCUACCUCUGAAGCUGCCACUGGCCCGUCUGACGACGCUACCUCUGAAGCUGCCACUGGCCCGUCUGACGACGCUACCUCUGAAGCUGCCACUGGCCCGUCUGACGACGCUACCUCUGAAGCUGCCACUGGCCCGUCUGACGACGCUACCUCGGCAGCUGCGACCGGCCAGUCUGACCAUGCCAUUGAGGAACUGUUGACUUCUGCAUCUCAGCCCCCGUUGACCACAAACAUGGAUAUCUGAUGUGGGACAUGGUGCUCGGGGUCCAUGCAAGAGUUCAUGGGUUUUCUAGUCCAGGUUGUGUGUGUAACUGCAAUUUCUUGUUUUGGCUCAAUUAAACGCUAACUGUAAUAA